GCCGGCAUAGUGGAAAAGAAAACGCAUUUUAUCGGAUUUAAUGUUACAUAUGCCUUAAAAUGUAUUACACCAGUUACUCAACGGUUUGGUUGUCAUUUUUGUUCCAAAAAAUGCAUGUUUAAGUAGAAAGUAAUGAGACUGCAUUUAUCUGCAAGAUCGUUCGUUGGGAAUAAUAACUUGCUCUUCUGAAGGUGUAGUUUAGUUUAGCUCAAUUAUAGCGUUAAUAAUUUCCGCUGAAAGCGGAAACAUUCAUUAGAAAAUUCCAAACACAUAUAAGUAACCAACAAAAAAGGUGUUAAAACUGUGCAACACGCUAGCCGUGUAUGCAGUCCUUUUAGAGUGCCUUUUUAAUUGUUUUGUUGCUUGUUGCUUAGUGGAAUGUGGAAGAUUAACCGUUUUUAAAGGAUACGUUAACCUUUGGAGGUUACAUGAGUCGCGCUCAGUUGCGUAAAUUGUAAACAAACAAAAUUGUCUCUGGAAGUCUUUACUGUAUAUUCGUUGAGGAGUACCGCCUGCUUUUUUGAAUGUCCAUUGCAAAAUGGAAACCAGUGUAGAAUCUGGAAAUGUACAAACACGUGAUGACGAAUCCGAAACCAAUAACAAGGAAGCUGCUGAAUCUUCGGGUGUUAAAGGACCAGAAGUAUUAAUUUCGGAUACCAAAGUUUUAGAAAAUACCGCUGCUACAAAUGAUCCUGACCCUAACCCGCGCCUCAAAACAUCGAUCUCCCACAGUCUACAGCAGGCGGAAAGGCAACGCCCGUACCAGCCAAAAGAUCCCGAAAGCCAUUCCGAGGAAGUUACCAUUGCCAAAGUGUUGUCAACUAUUGACUGGGAGAACAUUGAUGUGCAGAUGACCACAAGUGAUGAAGAAACAAUGUCGUCAAGCAGUGACAGCGAUGUUUAUGUGCCCGCUGCCGUUUGUAAGCUGCGAGCCUUAGCCCGGGUCGUGAUGAUAAAUCUACGAUGGGCGAAGGACAUAAGACGAAUGGAAGAAUUCAAGGGCUUUGAGACGACACACCAUGACGAGGAAACGGGGCACCGGCGAUCGUCGUUUUUCAAAGUGGCGGACUUCAUUGCCAGUAAUCGCAUUAUUAGUGGGUUAACAGAUCAAGAAAAAGAGGCGCUUAGACUACAUCCGUUUGGCAGAAAGACCGAAGACAUUCAGCUGAUAUUGAAAAUCAUGGAACGGUAUCAGUGCUUCGAUAAGUUUACACAGGAAGUUCGGGAAAACCUAGCGAUGUGGGUUCGAUACGACACGUUUGACGAUGGCCGCAUACUAUUGCGCCAAGGCCAUGAACCGUAUUCAAUGUACUUCAUCUUAUCAGGAAAUGUCAACUUCAAAGCCAGCGACACCGAUCCCCGCACCGGCCGCACCAACUUCUACUCGCUGGGCAGUCGCGGACCAGGCAGUAUUAUCGGCGAAAUUGAACUGCUGAACAAAGAUGAACGUCGCAGCACCGGAAGUACCCAGGGCGACGUGGAACUGCUACGUGUCGACGAAGAUCCCUUCGAUGAAAUCCUGCGAACCUCCUUCGAGGCGAUCUGGGAAGACCGGUUUGCCGGACUGCGCAGUGCGCAGACUUUUGAAAGUUGGUCCGAUUCUGAAUUACGCAUUUUGAAUGAAAAUUCCUCGCUGAUUGCUUUCCCCGAGAACAAGGCUAUCCUGACGGAUGUUUGCGGGCAGUCGGCCUUUACAUAUUUCAUUCAAAAAGGACGUUGUGCACUGGUGAAAGACGUUAUCUUCGAAAAAAGCUAUCUGGACAACGAUAAAAGGCACUGCAUUUAUCAGGCUCUUGAGCCAGACGACCCCCGCCGAUGGUUGCCUCAUCAAUCUCUUAGCCGGCAUAGCGAAUUAGAAGGACAUCACUUGCAUAUUACAGAGCUGAAAGAAGGGGACUAUUUCGGCGUCGGAGAGGAUCUGCGACGGGCGCAUAUCAUCACAGUCUCCGCGGUCGAAUGCCUGACCAUUCCGCAUUCCGUAUUCGAGAAGGCCAUGCGGUUGCAAUUCCUUGAAGAGUUGAAGGCGGAUCUGGAGGAUGCCAUUCCUACGGAUGAUGUCAUUGCCAGUGAAUGGCUAGCGCUGCAGACAUGGAAACAAUUCCAGCGGAAAGACAUGAAAAAGUUUUGGACGUCCAAAAAUGCUGUAGAUGACUACGUAAAAUUCUAUACGCCAUAUAAACAUUGGAGGUGAUAUUUAUUGGAAACAUCAAAGGAACUGCAGAUACACGUAUGCUGCUAAAAGCACUGAAAAUUCAAAAUGAACUUAGAGAACGAUUUUAGUAGCCAUUUUAACGCACUAACUAUUUUUGUAAUUAUUGGUCGAGCCUUGUUGUCAGUGACGCCAAACAUUUUCGGCAAGAAUAGCUUGUGUCUGCAAAUACAAAUGAAACGUAAAAUUAGAUAACGCCACUCUAAAUACUGAGAAACAAAACGAAAACACGCAUACCCGCUCCAGGCUG